CGCGCAACCUGUCUCCACCGGCCACUGGUUUUGAUAUCCCAGUUUUGGUGAAAUUUACAGGCUCUAACCAAUCAUCACGCUUGGCAAGGCUAGACGCUAUGGCCACGCCUAGCUAUGGAGCGACAGCAGAACCAGUGGAAGCCAGCGCGCCCUCUACGGGCCCUCCCCACCUGCGCCCGGCGCUGAAGCCUUCGCUGGCGGCCUCGCCUCCAUGUCCGUUCCAGAGCCCCGCAGUGCCAACUGCCGCACAGCCGGUGAAGGCUGUCAUCGGCGCAGCCACGACGGCGGCUUCGACCGCAGCGCACGCUGCUGCCUCAGCCGCCGCAACUCUCGGGUCUUUGGCGAUGCUCCAAGGGAAUUCCCCAGGCGGUCGCCAAGGCACGUCCCACGCAGGAGGCGAUCAAAGCCGUCGUCAACGCACGCAGGCAGGCAGAGCCCGAUCCGCCCGCCGCGAGAAGCGCAAGCGGAGAGCGCUGCGCGCCCUCGGAGACCCCAUGGAGAGCGCGUGCGUGGCACUUCUCGUCCUCUGCGCGCUGCUCGUCAUCGGCGUGCUGGCAUACCUGCUGCGGUUCGCACAGGCCGACGCCGCCGGGGUGGGCGGUGCCCGCAAGCGCUUGCCGGCCAGACCCAACAUCACCGCCGAUGCCGACACGACGACCGGGGCUGCGAUGAUCGUCCUGCCUGCGCUAGGUGGCGCCACUGACAGCGCCAAAGGUGGCGCCCGAAACAUUGCAGCGGGCAACGGCAGUGCCGAAGGUGCCUCGACCAUCAGCUGACGAGUCGCCACUUGGAAGACGCCGCCACCAAAUCGAGAUUCGUUCUGGGGAAAAGUCGACCCUUUGUUUGUCGCUUUGUAUAUGCUAUCUAUCACUGCAUUUUGAUCGUUAUUAAAAGAAA